AUGGAUCAUCCAGAGCCGAUUUCUAAACGUCCUAUAGAAAUUCCACAAUGUCGUAAAGGUUUCAAUUUAGAUGAAGCAAAAAACUUUAUCGAUCAAAUUAUGGAAGUAUUUCGUAGUAUAGAUGAUAUGACAGAUCUACGUUCAAUGUAUGAAACUGGUAAACAACUAAGUCGAUCAUAUUUUGAUUGUCAUACGUAUCGUUUGGAAUUAGCUCAGUAUUUAACUAAUUGUGAUUAUCCUGCCUUUGCGUCGAAAAUGAUGAAGAAAUUGAAUAAUAUGGGUGUGUUCAAGAAUGAUGAUAUUUGGUUCUCUUCAUUUUAUUUCUAUAAUACAACAUGGAAUUUUUCUGAUAUUUGGCCGGAAUUUGCCACUGCUUUAGCAAUUGCUGGUCUACCAAAUCUACUUAAUUUAAAUAUUGGACAUCAACCAUAUUUAGAGAAUUUAAGUAGUAAAAAUGUAUAUUAUUUAAUUAAAGCUAGUUUAUCUAUCAUACAUAAUAUAGCUCGUGUUCCAGGUAAUACACAUUAUUUUGCAUCUGAAUCAGUUCGACAAGCUCUAUUACAUUUAGCUCAACGUGAAGAAGAAUUUCUACGCUGUGUUUCCACACUUUGUUUAGCGCACAUUAUUACUGAGUCAGAAAUUCAUUUAAUUACUGACAUAUCAAAUGGUGGUAUUGAUUUGUUAAGAAUUUUAUUUGGCUAUGUCACAUCAGCUCGUGUUUCUGAGAAACGAAGAUGUCAUGGAUUCCAAGUGCUUGAAUUGUUAUCCUCUGUUGCCGCUUUAUCUGUUCUUGAUCCCGUCAAGGCGAAUUUAUUAUCAUCACCUGUUAAUGUGAAUUUGAUUGCUGGUACAAAUAAUAAUCAAAGCACAGAGCAUAGUAUGACAUGUCUAAGUUUACUGAAAGAAUUAAUUGAAACUGCAUUACUUCCUAAUUCUAGUCCUGUUUCUGUUAGAGAAGCAGAAGAAGCAGUCCGUAUCUUAUGGAAUACAGUUUUUGAUUCAUCCAUUUGCACAGGAGUUUUACAGAUACAAUUAACAAGUUGGUUAAGUGACACUAUGGCAAAUCAUACAGUUGCUUUACAAACUUAUAAAUCUCUUUCACGUGCAAUCGAAUCUAUUAAUUGGCAAUUGAAUACUUGUAUUUCGAAAAAUUCUAAAAAUGAACCUACAGAGUGUGGUCCUGUAUUAUUAUGUUUCUCACCGUCUAACCGUAUUGCUGUUAACCGAGUGGCUGAUCGUUUAAGAGAUGCUGGGAUUAUGCUUAACAGUAUUCCUUUUGGUCCCGAAGUAAUACCAUCAGUAGAUGCUUCAGCAACUGGACUUACUAUGUGUGCGGCUAAUGCUACAAAUCAUGCUCAGUGGGUUGAAUCUAUUGAACAAGCCUCAGUUAUGAUCGCAUUUUUAAGUGAUUCAUUUCGCUUAAGUCCUGGUUGUCGAUGGGAAGUGGAACAUUUUUCUAGUUUUGAUACAAACGUAUACUCAAAACCUAUUAUUCCUGUUAUACUACAACCAAAAUUUAAGUUGACUGGCUGGCUGAAUCGUCUCAUUUCUCAACAUCCUAUUGAUUUCAAUGGUAAACGGGAUCCAGAAGCAAGCUACGAUGCUUUAAUUAGCCAGGUAAAAGAAUUUUAUGGAGAGGCAAAGAAGCGUGCGGAGGCUGCUGCCUUAGUUGCAGCACAACAUCAGUUAUCCAUUGAUGCCAAAAAACACUUAACAACUUCAGGCGAUACUGGAUUCCCCGGGAUACCCAAUUCAGAUGUAACGUUGAAUCACGUCAAUGCAAGCCCCGCAGUUAGUAGUCGGGGUUCUCUGGGUCCGUCUCCAGGCAUUAAACGUGAAGAUCCAAUUCAUCUAAGUAAUCAGAUAGGAUUACAGAAGAUUUGCAAUCAAAACAUGAUUCCUGUGCAAUCGAAUAUUACAUCCCGACCUUUGGCGACUAAUGCCUGGCGUCAUGCUAUUCGUCCUUCAGUUCGUAAUUGGUCAACCUGCAAGGUUGCUUCAUGGUUGAAAUUUCGCGGAUUGGGCCAUGUACCUUCUCAAAUAGCUGGUGGCAUAGAUGGUGUUUUAUUGUCCCAGUUAGCUGGUUUACGCAUUUGGGCUCCCGAGUACUUCACUCACUGUUUACGAUCUGAACUAGGUCUUGGUUUUGCUGAUUCUCUACGCUUCUUAGAAGCGUUAGACGAGCUUGCUCCGGAGGAUAGUGAUGCCCAUGAUGUUGAAGAUGUUGAUGAUUGUGUAGAUGGACGUCCGCAUUUGGGAAAUCAUGAUGGGGCAUCGUCUAGAGCAUAG